AUGGGAUCCAUCAGCCAAGAAACGGUGCUGCAGUCGCCGGCGUUAUCAACAAAUAUUUCGAUCUUCGAACCUUUCUCUCUUCCAUCCAGUAACCAGCGUGUGCUUUCUGCACCACAUCCUCAGGAUACUGUUAUUCCUCUCGCUUUGCGUCCUUCUGGGAGUAAUCCCUCCCUUGAUGUAGCAGUCUCAGCCGUGGAAUCGCUCCAAAAAGAUCACGAUGGCUACCUGACCAAGAAACUCGCCACCCACGGCGCUCUUCUCUUCCGUGGUCUUCCCAUCCACUCUGCAGACGACUUUAGCCGCUUUGCGCAUGCAUUUGGCUACUCUCCUCACGAGAUAAUUGGAAUCGUCGUUGACCGACCCCUUCUCGCACCCAAUGUCGCUCCAGCAAAUGAGGCACCCAAGGAAGUACUUAUAUACAACCACAACGAAUCACCGCAGGUGCCACAUGCGCCCGAAUAUGUAUUUUUCUACGCACAUAAAGCUCCCGCAAAAGGUACAGGUGGUGAAAGCGCGAUAUCGUCGAGCUUGGAAAUUUUCAACCGCGCCAAUAGGGAGAUCCCUGAAUUCAUUGACGCUUUGGCGGAAAAGGGAAUACUUAGCCAGGUAACGUACAAGGUUGAACAGCAGUACGCUGGAGGUUCCACACUACGCCAGGCCUUCGGUAAAGAGAUCAUUGAGGGCGAUGAUCUUGAGACACGCAAGCGCAAGAUUGAAGAUCAAAUUAAGCGUUAUGGAAGAGGCGAGUUCACGACCUGGAAAUGGGAGGAUGACGACCAGACACUAGUUGUAACACAUCGGCUGCCAGCGAUUCGAACACAGCAAAGCACUAAUCUACCAACACUUUUUACCGGUUUGGCAGCAUAUUACAAGAAUACCUUUGGGACAGGAACUGGAAAAAGAAAGAACAUUACACAAACGCUGUAUGGAGAUGGAACUCCUAUUCCCGAGAAAUAUCUCGCCCAUCUGGCCAGUAUCACAGACGAGCUUAGAGUUUUACAUCAGUGGGAGCAGGGGGAUGUCCUUGUGUUCGACAAUGUGAUUGCCCAGCAUGGACGCGAACCGUGGACAGGAGAUCAAAAGGAUAGGGUCGUACUGGCCAGCUUGUUUGACGCAGAAAGUCUACCAGGCAGAUAUGGUUAUGCAAAUUGGGCCCAAGUAGUACAGGCCUCGUCUUAG